CCCGCUGCGGUGUACCCGUACAUCGUUAAGGCUUAACCCAGGACAUCAACCCUAAUUUCGUUCAACGUCCGACACCAGUCUUUCGUUCUUCUUCGAUGGACGGACUUCAAACUAUGUUUCAGAGUAUACAUAACCUUCUGUUAUUUGGUCUUGACCUCUUACCUUUCUUAGGACAUGCGUGCGUGCCUAUUUUCAACUACUUCACAGCUCCGAGCAUCACCUUCAUAUUCGCACAGCCAUUCCGCAGGCUACAACGACCCACAGCUAGAGGGAAACACUCUUAUAUCAAUACUCUUCUUGCCAGAAUUGGCCGGACGCCAGAUCGCCACCAAGCUAUGAGACACACUUCGAUGUUGCACUUUCGUUUCCAUAGUCGUCUAGCCGAACCACGAACUUCGAGCAGAGUAGAGCAGAGAAACAACGCCUAUUUGUCUAUCUUCUGAACAAUACUUUCUUGUGUUGGCUUAGCAUUUGCAUCGCUUAGACAGUAUGAUGUACGGACAACCCGGUGAAGGACAGCAAUCCCGGUCUUCAGCAGGCGGGCAUUGGGCCUCCAAUACAUCUUCGUCAGAAACGCGGUCCCCAGAAUGGUCAGAGGUAACGGAUCCUGUGGAGCGACGGAAGAUCCAGAAUAAGCUGGCCCAACAAAGAUUCAGAGCCAAAGCGAGAGAACAGAGAGAGGACGCAGAACGCGAGGCAGAGAAUCGUCGACAGGCAGCAAGUUCCUACACGCCUCCAGAAGCAGCCCAACUUGAAGACCAUCACACACUCUCGGGUCUUCCCUGGGGAGGGUUAUCCUUCAAGCAUGUCGUAGUAGUAGGGCAGGAUAAGGAGCGAAGCUCCCAACAAAGCUCACAAGAGAACUCUGUCUACGCUAUGCGAGCGGGAGGGAGUAGCAGGUGAGAAACCCAGCAUUGGGACUUCGCCUUACCGAUCGUUUCGCCCGGGGCCACGCAGCGUGGGGACCUUAUGGGACAUUCCCACAGCGCUUCUCCGAACGAUACGAACCAUGAGUCGAGCUGUGCUCGGUUACAGUCGCGAGGUGUCUUCA